GUUGCGCUUCCUCUGUGGCCCUUCUGAGGCCGACGAUGAGGAACUUGUGCGUGCCACACAAGAGUGUGAGACACAGCUGCAAACAGCAGCCACCAUGCCUCCUCUAGCAGCCACCAUGCCUCCUCCAACAGCCGUCAUGCCUCCUCCAACAGCCGCCAUGCCUCCUCCAGUAGAAGUUGCUCAGCCACAGCCACCGGUGGAUCUCCCCUCUCACUGGAAGGACCAUCUUCCUCCCUUCCAACAGGAGUGGAUUCGCCACACACUGUUCAAGGCGAACCCAAAGACUGGGAAACCGGAGCUGGUGACCCAGCUGAAGCUGUGGUGGCAUCCUCCUCAGCCCACCCUCAUUCACACCCAGCCACCGGCGUCACCUAAUCAAUUCUUCUGUCGCCCCCUGUUCCUGUGGAUGCCUCACAAGAUGUGAAGGACUGAUGCGCUGGAACGAGGACAGAAUGAAGGACUCUGUUCAAGCACCCACUUCCAUGCGCACCUACGGCAGUGUUCUGCAGGAGGCCGUGGAUCGGCUCAGCCAAGCCGUUCUGGGAAAACGUUGGGAUGAGCAGUACCGCAGUCCUGGAGUCUACACAGGUGAAUUGUUGGCCAUGGAGUACCUGUACAGCCAGACUGGCAUAUCACUUACUCCAACGCUCCACAACCAAGAGGAGGAGGACCAGCUGGUGGAGGACAUUGAUGACGAGGACAUUGAGGACGAAGGCUUUGAGGAGGAGACAGAGGACAUCACAGUUCCUGUGCUGACUGACGAUGACCAUGACAUUGAAAGGAGGCCCUCAACCACAAGGCGUCGGGCACCUUCACCACCACCUCUACCAGAACUGCCGUCCACGUCCACGGGUGGAGGUCAGCGUCCAGUUGCUGCUGCCGCCGUUCCGUCCACGUCGGGUCAAGGACUGCACCCUGCUGCUACUGCUGCUGCCACCACUUCAGGGGCUCAGGGCGUCGUCGUUGGACCGGAUGGCAUUCCUGGGUGGGACAAAGUGCAAGAGCUGGCUGCUUACCUGGUGGACCUGCGAGAUGCCGCCUACCUCACUGAGCCACAGGUGACCGAGGUCAUCCAGCUGUGGGCGGCACUCCCAGACAGCGACAAGGAGAGGAUCGACUACCAGCCACGUCACCAGGAGCGGCUGUCGUCUGGUCGAUUCAAGGCACCGAAGCGGUCUGGAGUCACACCGGGUGUGGAGAGCGUCAAGCGCAGCUUGAUAGGUCACCCUGGGGGGCCGGCUCAGUGGCCUGGUACCAGCCGCUUGGUAGACGCCAUGUGCACACGCUUGUGCACUUUGCACAAGUGCACUACCAGGAAGGCCGGUGUUUCCACUCCCAGGUGGACCAGAAUUCUGGAUGAUUACCACCACAUCCGUGACUUGAUCAUCGCCAGCCCACGGUUGAUGGCAGAUACAACAAUUCAGUUGUUUCAAAUCAACCAGCGGACACUUAUUCAGUGGUUUCAACAGCGGCUGAAAGGUCAGGAGAUGAGUACACUCACUCAGGGACUGACUCCAGCACCCCAAAUUCCCGUCGCCCCUGCCCAGCUUCCGCAGCCGCAGGAAAAACUGAUCGUCCCUCCUGCAUCAUCUGGGCAACGACAUGAAUUUGUGUUCCCCCCGAAUCUGGAGGGCCGGGCUCCUCUGCUACGCCCAGGCCGUCGCCCCAAAGACCGCCAAGACCGUCCAAUUGCCCCCACCCCACCACCCAUUUUUCCUCUCCCUGCAACAUUAGGCACCAGUGCACUGCCAGUGCCAACUCCCUUCACAUUGGUACAGCUCCCAGCAAUGACUGUUCCUGCACCACCUGUUCCCUUUCUCCAGCUCCCAGCCACGACUUUGGCUGCCUCAACACCUGGUGCAGCCCCAUCUGUACCUGCGCCACCUCCGCCCGCUGGCCCGCCGCCUCCUCCCGCUGGCCCCCCACCUCCUGUUUCACGGUACACAGAGAGGAACAGGCGUCGGCGAGCCGCUGAAGAGGCCAGUGGUAGUGCGGAGAAAAGAAAAUAUGUAAGGGGUGCGACAUAUAACAUGUGUAGCCAAUGUGGCAAACCCAAGACUAAAGAGUAUGGGCAUAGUUGCUUUGGGAGCGCGACUUUCUGUUCCCAGGCCUCAGGUGGCAAGUCUGUUGAAGAGUGGUUGGAAGAACAGAGAGCUCAAAAGUAGUUCUUCUAUUGUACAAUAUGUAUAUAGUGUGUGUAUAAGUUCUGCUGCUAUUGCU